AUGGUGGAGACUGGGUCUCCCAUGCACAUGUCGAGGAGAAGCAAGUUUGUUUGGUGCGUGAAGUCGAAGUUCGCACGGCCAGAUGGGUCCAAGCUGUACUCCUACAACCCCGAGGAUGCCUGGCAGGACCCACGCGACACACAUCGCGCGGUCACCCACAGCAUUGUUUGCCAAGUCUGCGGCGCACCUCUUCGCAAGAUCUUCUACCGGAUGAGGUGCUACGAGAGGAGGAGACUCGGCGAAAAGGGCGUCAGGCUGCUGCAUCCAGAGAUUUUCAUCGCUGGCCAGUAUUGCAUGCGCGCUUUGCUUGGCAGGGCGCGUCCACGGACACAGCGGCAGCAUCACCACGAAGACGACGAUGAGGACGACGACGACGACGACCUGGAAUAUGAAGCCACACCCGAACCUGAGAAGACCGCGCCGCGCAUUUCCGACGAUGGCCAGCGCAUGCCUGUGACCCCCGAUGGGUUGAAGGAGCUGGAGAGUGGCGGUGUGCCAGUCACCCCGCCUCCUCUACUCAGUGAGGUACGGCAUGGUGAAACUGAGUCUUCCUCCAGCGACGGCGAGGAUGCAGACGAGCAGAAACCCAUGCGCCUGCGGUCGGGAACUGGAAUCGGCAUGUUUGAAGAGGACGAGUCCGCUGUUCGAAUUGCCCGCCCGACGAAUCGAGACGUUCCAGAGCUCAAGCCCUCCAUCUUUGGUGAUGGCUAUGUCUCCAUGCUGCCACUUGUGGCCCACGAUGCAGAGGACGACGGCGCAGGUGUCUUCAGCAAGCCUCCUCAUCUUCUCUAUCGCACUCUCUGGCCGGGU